AACCCAGAUGAGGCUUAGGCCUAUGCGUUGUCAGGGCAUAAUAUGCAUUUAGGUGAAAUAAUUUGUUUAAUUGAUUAAACCCCACUAUCCAAUCAUCAUAGGGCACCUGCAAGCUCAGCUACACCUUCCAUCAAGAUACCACCAGAAGACUAAGUUUAUGACUUACAUAUUUAUGUAAUGCCACAUACCUAACUUCGUAGAAUAUGCAACACCUUGCGACCAUAUUCAAGCAAAUCCAUGACCGACACGUGCAAUGACCCGCUCCCUCGAUAAAGACAUUCUAGCUCACCUGAAAGCCGAUGACCUAAACAGAAUCUACGAGGACAUCUCAACACUUCUGACGGACCAACCAGAAAAUGAAUUACUGGAGAUUGAAUUCCUUGGGAAGAGUCAUCCUCUACAGCCAGGUGUCAACUAUCUCAGGGAUGGCACAGCUGUAGCAAUUCCUAAGCUGAGAUUGGCUCAGGCAUUCUUCGUUGCCCGUCAAAAGCUAAAGGGUUACCAAAACAGCGGAUCCAUAAAUGACAGCAAGAUUGGACAUGCAACAGCUGUACUGCUCCUCAUGGACCCUGAACAUCUGACUGCUGCCAAUACCAGGAAGCGGUUGCUUAUAUCGACGUUAGAAGGGAAUGGCCCUCACGAGUCGAUAUUGAGACGAGAGAAACAAUUUGUGGAUAGCUUGCUCACAUCGAGGCUGCAUCGCCAUACUAAAUCUCCUGUCCUUUGGUCCCAUCGUCGCUGGCUACUACAUUUAUUUGUGGCCCACGACGUGUUUGUAGACCCGCAACAUGAUAUCAAAAACAUUGUGAUGGUGGCGGGGACUCGACAUCCUCGCAAUUAUACUGCCUGGCAUCAUGCUCGCUUCUUAUUAGAUCGUCAUCCAACAUUCGCCGAGCCUGUUGCUAUUGACGUCAAAGACUUUUGUUUGAAAAAUCAUACUGAUAUCUCUUGCUGGAGUUUUCUGGUUCAUGCCAUAUGCAAGAUCGAAAAUAAAGAAAAUCGCACCAAGCUUUGCUCCUCAAUCGUUGCCGAAGUACUUCAUAUUUCGGACUCGCUACGUUGGACGAAUGAGUCCGUCUGGGUGUUUCUGCGCAGCAUCGCGGUAACAGGGCUCAUUGGCGACCAACAAUUUGAGUCAUUUUUAGCCAUAAACGAGAAACUUGUUUCCAUAACACCGGAAGACAGUAGCCAGUGGAGAACACUGGAGGGUGCGCGGCGUUGGUGUGAAAAAUACCGCCUUUCAUCGGAGUCUAACGUGGCCGAAUAAAAUGAGGUCGAUUUAGCAGCAGUACAAGCUACCUAGGUAUAUAAGCCAGCCAGUCUCUAGGGGAGACCCUCAGUAUUAGUGUUACUAAUUACCUGUAACCAGGCAAUUACCAACCUCGGAAUACGCAAUCAAGAGGUUGAAACAGCCCGUCCGGACUUUACAUCAUUUGGCUUUUUUCGUCUCCAUUUUUGCGCCUUCGGGUCCCCCUCCUUACAAUCAGCGAUUAACGAUCCGCGAUCAAGUCCGGGUUGCGGCUCAUCGGCUGCACAUAACCUUCCGGAUAGCGGCUAAGGGAAAAUACUAUCAUAGCAAGUGCCCAACGGUUAAAACGUGGCUUGGGGGAUGGACUUACAACGAUGCUGAUAGGCCUAAUCCUUUCAUGUUGAGCUAACGCAGGGGGCCCGGCCUUACUACGUAGUAGUAGAUGGCCUAAAGAGGCCCCCUACUAUUAUUAUUCCGCUACCUUACUUU